AUGGAGAACACAAACAAUGUGACUGAGUUCAUCCUGCACGGACUGACACAAGACAGGACAGUAGCAAAAGUCUGCUUCUUAUUAUUUUUACUCUUCUACAUCACUACAAUUUUUGGAAACCUGCUCAUCAUCAUGACAAUAAGAACAAGUGACCUGCUGAACUCUCCCAUGUACUUCUUCCUGAGCUACUUGUCUUUUGUAGACAUCAGUUACUCCACUAUCUCAGCUCCCAAACUCAUCCACGACCUUCUUGUGGAGGACAGGACCAUCUCCUUUGCGGGCUGCAUGGCUCAGCUUUUCUGCACCCACUUCUUUGGGUGCACUGAGGUCUUCCUCCUCGUGGUGAUGGCCUACGACCGCUGCGUCGCCAUCUGCAAGCCGCUCCACUACGCGAGCAUCGUGAGCCCGCGCGUCUGCCGCUGCCUGGUGGCAGCCUCGGGGCUGGGGGGCUUCGUGCACUCCCUGAUGCAGACCCUGCUGGUCCUCCAGCUGCCCUUUUGUGGGCCCAGUAACGGGCUGGACCACUAUUUCUGUGAUGUCCACCCUUUGCUGGCGCUGGCCUGCGCCGACACCUACACCGUCAGUGUCAGCAAUGCCGUCAGCACUGGCCUGAUUUCCCUGGGCUGUUUUGGUGGCCUUGCAGCAUCCUAUACUGCUAUCCUGGUUUCCUUGAGGACACACUCUCCCAAGGGGCAGCUCAAAGCUCUCUACACGUGCUCUUCCCACAUCGUGGUCGUGCUGCUGUUCUUCGGGCCGUGCAUUUUCAUCUACCUGCGCCCUUCCGCCACCUUCCCGGAUGACAAGGUGGUCUCUGUGUUCUACACCAUCAUCACUCCCAUGCUCAACCCCUUCAUCUACACCCUGAGGAACCAAGAAAUGAAGAGCAGCAUGAAAACCUUGUGGAGCAGGACAGUGAGGAGGAUUGGGAAAUGA